CUGAUGUGGAGAGCACAUUAUCAAAUGAUUGGGAAAAAAAAGGCUUAAGUGGUGUGAAGAGGAAGGAAGCAAGUUUUAAGGAUGAAGACUUCUAUAUAAGUUCUGUUCCAGCUAAUCAACACCUGGAGGCAGGACUAUCUGUGAAGGGAAACCAUGGUUUUACUUCUCAGAGAUUGGAGACUGCUGUCCUUGAUCUAGUUGCUGAUGAUAGUUCUACAAUGCAGAAACAAAAAUCUAUAUAUCAUUGGGAUAAGAGAAGUAAGAAGUACAUCAAAUUGAACAAUGGUGAACGCGUCACAGCUACUGGAAAGAUCAAGACAGAGAGCGGUGCAAAAGUGAAAGCUGAAAAAUCAGGGAUAUAUAAAAAAUGGAAAGAAAGGUCUCACAAAAACAUAUCUUUUGGUGGUUCUGCAAAUGCUGCUUCAGGACAGGAUGCUUCUUCUCGUGCAGGUGAGUCCACAUUCUCUCUUUCAUAA